UUCUCUGGAUUUCCUGGUUGUUGCAUUGGGUUUGCUUCCGCAAAGUACCGGCGUCGCUCCUUUUCUCUCUUUUUUUGAAAACACAAUUGGUCGCCAUCUUGGUGCGAUUUAAUUAUUGCGGAAACGGGGGCUAGUGAAGCUUCUGGGACUGAGGAAGGAGAACUAAUGUGAUGUGGUUUGACUACAGAGUCUGAGGGAGGUAAUAACUGAGAAACUGUUUGCUUGGGUUUGUACAAUGGAAAAUGCAAACAAAGAUAAUGCCUCUUCCAGAGAGGGGUUACUUCUUAGGAUGGGUCUUAAUGAUAAUAAAGCUGGAAUGCAAGGGCUGGAUAAAGAGAAGAUCAACAAAAUCAUAAUGGAAGCCUCCAAGGGUUCUAGAUUUUAUGAAAAUGAACUUAAGAAAGACCAGCAGGUUAAUAAACGGAUUGAAAAAAUGCUGAAACUAAAAAGUAAAAUAACAGAGCAACAGAUUUUGAAAGCACAAUUGCAGAUGGAUAAACUUGCAAUGGAACUGGAUCAGAAUCGUGACCUUAGUUGUACUAUUGUACACAUUGACAUGGAUGCCUUUUAUGCAGCUGUAGAAAUGAGAGACAAUCCUGAAUUAAGGGACAAACCCAUAGCAGUGGGUUCAUUGAGUAUGCUGUCUACUUCAAAUUACCAUGCUAGAAGAUAUGGGGUACGUGCAGCUAUGCCAGGAUUUAUUGCUAAGAAACUUUGUCCACAUCUUACUAUAGUACCUUUAAACUUUAAGAAAUAUAAAGAAAUUAGGGAAAUACUAGCGGAAUAUGAUCCUCAAUUCAUGCCCAUGGGCCUUGAUGAAGCCUACUUGAAUAUAACAGAGUACUUAGAAGAACAGAACCACUGCUGUAAAAGAAAAGAUCUCAGUACAUCCAAGUUUGGUCUAAAUGGAAAGCAGAACACAGUUGCAUCUGAUGAAUCAAACUUGAGUGAAGAUAUGCAUUCCUGUUCACCAGUAUUGUUUGACAGUGGCACUCUGAUUGAUAAGCAGACUAUUCAACCAUCUUUGCUCUUAGAAGAGCAGCGGUGCCAGGAAUCAAGUGUUCAGUUAAAGUCACUUAUCUUGGAAACAUCAGCUGAGAAAGUUGUAAAUGAAAUUCGUUUGAGAAUUGAACAAAAAACUGGGCUGACUGCCAGCGCUGGCAUAGCUCCAAAUAUGAUGUUGGCAAAAAUGUGCAGUGAUAAAAAUAAACCUAAUGGCCAAUAUAGAAUCCCUCCAGAAAGAGAUGCUGUGAUGGACUUCAUAAAAAAAUUAGCUAUUAGAAAGGUACCAGGCAUAGGAAAAGUAACAGAGAAAAUGCUAAAAGCUCUGGAAAUAGAGACUUGCACAGAACUCUACCAGCAGAGGGCUCUGAUUUCUCUUCUGUUUUCUGAAAUAUCCUGCCAUAAUUUUCUUGAAAUUUCUCUUGGCUUGGGUUCCACACAUUUGGAAAGGGACGGGGAAAGAAAAAGUAUGAGUACAGAAAGGACGUUUAAUGAAAUAAAUGCAUCAGAACAAUACAAAUUAUGUCAAGAACUCUGCAGUGACCUUGCUCAGGAUUUGAAAAAGGAAGGACUUAAAGCUAGAACUGUAACUUUAAAACUGAAGAAUGUGGACUUUGAAGUGAAAACAAGAGCUAAUACAGUACUUUCUGCAGUUUCUACUGAAGAUGAAAUAUUUACUAUUACUAAAGAGUUGCUUAAAUCAGAAAUGGAUAGUGUGGCCCCAGAACCUUUGCGUUUAAGAUUAAUGGGUGUAAGAGUAUCGGGUUUUUUAACUGAAGAAGAAAAAAAAUACCAUCAGAAGAGCAUUGUUAAGUUCUUAGGACCAGGAAAACAAGGCUGUGCUUUUAAGAAAGCUGUCAACAUUUUUCCAAAAGUAUCUAAAGGAGAAAGCUUUUUCAAUAAAAAGAGAGCUACAAGAGAAGAAACCAAUCAAGGGAUAUUUUUAAAUGAAUCUUCAAACAAGAAGCAUCUAGAAGAUACAAUGUCAACAAUAACUUCAGGAGAACGAAUAAAGGAUGAUGAACAUCAGAUCUUUAUUUGCCCUAUUUGCUUUGAAGAGCAGCAGGAUAGCACUUUAGAAGCAUUUAAUAGGCAUAUUGAUAUGUGCCUUAGUGGAACAAUAGAAAAAGAAAAUGCAAAAAUUACUGAUAAUAGCAAAUCAUGGAAAAAUGAUCCUCCUGUGGAUAUGGGAAAAAAAGAAGAGAUAAAAGUUAAAAUAAGUAAACCACCCGUGAAUGAACAGUCAACAAAUAUAGUUGAUUGUGCUUCUGCAAGUAGCAAAGAUGUUUUACCUAAGCACUUAGUUCAUAAACAGAAUGAGAAUGGAUGUGGCUUUCCUAAUGCUUCGGUAUCUGAAAUGCAUGCUAAGGAUGAUUUGUCUUCCGGAACCUUGUUAAUAGAUAAAAAAGAGUCAAAUUGCUCAGGAAGCAAUUUACAAAGUUUUUCUGGCAUUACUGAAAAUAUUUUUGUUUGUCCAGUUUGCAACAUAGAACAAAAAACAAAGGAUCUCACAUUGUUCAACAGGCACGUGGAUGUUUGUUUAAACAAAGGCAUUAUCAAGCAGUUGACAGAAAAUUCAGAUAAUGAAACUGUGGAUAGAGGACAAUAUAAUACAUAUUUUUCAGCAGGAACAAAAAGAUCUGGAACAAUAAUUCCCCAAUCAACAUCCAAAAAAGCCAAGUCAGGCAAUACUAGGUGCACUAUAGAAUCAUUUUUCAAAUGAACACAAUAAAUUAAUUUAAUUAUUGUUAUGGUACAGAGGCUUAGAAUAAAAUAUGUCACUUGGACCUUAUGUAUUAUGUAUAAAUUAUGUAACAUUAAAGAAUUAUAUAAAAUUUUAUACAUUUAUGAUUAUAGAUUAUAUAAUACUUAUGUAUAUUGCAUAUAUAUGAUUUUGCACCAGCUAACCCUCCAUUUUAUUUAAAUCAUAGCCCCAUAUUUUAAAGAAUGAAUGAAAUGUAUGAAGAGUAUUAAAUCUAAUAAGCAUAUUGUUAUUUGUUUAGGAUUAUCAAGCACUUUUAAAAGUCAGUUUCUCUUUGAAUAACAUGAUAGUAAUGGCUAUUGGCUAUUAUCUUCACAACUGUUAGAUAGGAAGGGAAAGUGAAAGAAUUUGGAUUUUAUUUAAAAAUUAAAAGCUGUGCUUUAUAGAUCCAGCACUAUUAUCUUACAGGCAGAAAGAUGAAAAUUUAAGACUUAAUUUGCUUUCCUUAAUUCUGUAUAAAAAUAUUAGAAAAUAUGGAAUAUUUAGCAUCCAAAAUUCAGACACAUUUUUUUGUAUAAUCAUGUAGCACUUCUAGCCUUUGUUAAUUGAACCAGGAAUCUGUUGACUGUUCAUUGGAGAACAAAACUUUAUGUACUGCUUAUAAUAGAUGAUAUUAGUAAAAGCAGGCUAAAUAAACUUCAUGUUAAUUACAUAUCCUGAACAGAGCUACUGGACUGGAACGUCCAUCAUUACAUGAGUCAUCACAUGACUGUUCCUGAUUUUAUGACUGUUGCCAGGGUUGUUAUAUGAGUCUGGUUUCCCCCACUGACUUUGCUUGUCAGAAACUGGCUGGGAAGGUCACAAAUGGUAAUCAUAUAACCUUGGGAUAUCGCAACUGUUGUUAAAUACAUACCAGUUGCCAAGUUCUCAAAUCAUGAUCAUGUGACCAUGGGGAUGCUGCAAUUGUCUUAAGUGUGAAGACCAGAUGUUAGUCACUUUUGAAACCCCUUUGAACAGUUGCUAGACAAAUGGUUAUAAGUUGAGGACUACAAUGGUACCUUGGUAGUUGACUGCUUCAAAACUCAUUGAAUUUGGUAUUCAAUGCAUUUUGACAUGAAAAUGUCUUGGUACUCGUUUGUUUGGUACUCGAUGCACUGCAAUGGGAAAAGGGGGAGAAUAACAGGAUAGGAAGUCAGCCGUGCUGAGAGGUUUGCUGCAAAAGGAAGAGGGGAGCGGCUACAUAGAGCAGACAGAAAGUCGGUCAUGCUGGGAAGAUCACUGAUAUAGAAAAAGGGACAGACAGGAAGUCCUUCUUGGCUGAAACAAAGAGUCAGUUGGUAAAAAGAGCCGAGGUGGCACAGCAGUUAGAGUGCAGUACUGCAGGCCACUUUAGCUGACUGUGUUCAGCAGGUCAGCGGUUCAAAUCUCAUUGGCUCAAGGUUGACUCAGCCUUCUAUCCUUC